AUGAUAGCCGCUCAAGAACUCUCCGAAUUUCUUCAAAUGGAGAUUCGCCUCAAAUUCGAGGAAGAAGUUCUUGAAUUCUACAGAAAUGGAGAAAUCAAAUCUGCUCAGUCAAAGAAAAAUCCACAGAGCACAUUUCCAGUCAUCAAGUCCACUGUUGGAGGCUCAAAGGUGAAGCUUUUGCAGAAGAAAUUGGGAAGAAGGCUUCGCCUUCCCAAUUCUGGAGUUGAAGUUGGGAAAUUUCCAGUCAAAAAUCUGGACUGGAACAUCAUUGGAAUUUCUGGGCGAACUCCUUCUGGCCCAGCAAAGAAAGUAGAUCUGAACAACGAUUACAAGUUGAUUUUGGAACUAGUCAUCGCCUACCUCGAAUGUGGGAGUGGAGGUCAUGCCGAUGACAUCACCCAGGAGAGAGCCUUCAUCAUCAACGCUCUCAUUACCAAAACUAAGGUAAACUGGGCUGCACACUUUUUCAAUUCCAUCUCAAAGCAUUUGGGAAAGCCCAACCAGAAAUAUCUUUGUCAAGGACUAUACCUUGGACAUAUCUUGGAGUCUAUGG